UCUUCACCCCCUCCCCAUCCCCCACGAACCAAGCCGCUGUGAUGUCCUUGCUGUCGCCGCCGCCCCAUUCAGCCUCUCACCAGCCCUGGGGGCACCGGCUCUGUUCAACUGCCCAAUCUCACCCAGGCUUCGGGCUUCCUGGAGGGUCAUGCAACCCAUAGCUAUGACUAAGACGCUCACUUGGUAACUCUGCCAUAUUCCUUAUCUUUCCCUCCUUUCCCUCCCCUCCCCCUUUAACCACCCCCGUGUUCCCCUCCACCACCCUUGAGCCCUCCCCCGCCCCCAGACGCCCACCCUUAGACUCCUUUUCCUGCAAGAUCGCAGAGGUGGCGCGCAGCCCGACGAGCCGAUGACGGACCCCUGCCUCCUGUCUUCAAUGCCUCAGCAGAAGACCCCCAAAGGCUGGAGAGAGGAGGGCUGCGGCUGGACAUCCUCCGGGCGACGCUGCUCGGACCUGGUGCUAGUGGUGGAUGAGACUGGCGACUGAACAAGUCCCUGUCUCUGCCUUCGCUGUCGCCCGCCCAGUCGUUGCCGUCGAUCCGGACGGGUUCCCACCUUGCUCCUUCUGCCUCUCACCCCAGAUCGGGACCGGGCUUCGGGCGCCCCGGGGCUCGCCCCGCGCCUGCCGCCGCCCGCGCGCCGACUGCCCGCCGCGUCCUCCUGACAGCUGCGGCGGCGGUGAUGCAGAGGAGGAGGGCGCUGCCGGCGGCGGUGCUUAUGGUGGCGGUCGGCGCCCGGGUGUAAUGCGAGCGUCAUGGUGGAGAUGCUGGCUUCGCGGCGGUGAGAGAGCAAACGAAGGCGAGAGCUAGCCAAGGGCGGAAGACUGACCAGUUCCGAUGCUUUCUUUCCUCUGUCGCUUCCCCCCACCGUAUUUUACCCGUGGUUUGCAUAUUUAAAAUCUCUGGACUCAAUCCUCUCCCUACCACCGAAGUCUCCCCGUUUCUAAAUGGAAUUAGUGGAGAUCGGAGCCUCUGGUGUAACGCACAGACAUGAUCUAUGGACGCAGUUUGUUUCACAUUAUAGCAAGUUUAAUCAUCCUCCAUUCUUCUGGAGCAACCAAGAAAGGAACAGAAAAACAAAUCACCCCAGAAACACAGAAGUCAGUGCAGUGUGGAACGUGGACAAAGCAUGCAGAGGGAGGCGUCUUUACCUCUCCCAAUUAUCCCAGCAAAUACCCCCCAGACCGAGAGUGUGUCUAUAUCAUAGAAGCUGCCCCAAGGCAGUGCAUUGAACUUUACUUUGAUGAAAAAUACUCAAUCGAACCAUCUUGGGAGUGCAAAUUUGAUCAUAUUGAAGUUCGAGAUGGACCCUUUGGCUUUUCUCCAAUAAUUGGGAGGUUCUGUGGACAACAGAAUCCACCUGUAAUAAAAUCUAGUGGACGAUUUCUGUGGAUUAAAUUUUUUGCUGAUGGCGAGCUGGAGUCUAUGGGAUUUUCAGCUCGAUAUAAUUUCACACCUGAUCCCGACUUUAAGGACCUUGGAGUUUUGAAACCAUUGCCAGCGUGUGAGUUUGAGAUGGGCGGCCCGGAAGGAAUUGUGGAGUCCAUACAGAUUCUGAAAGAAGGCAAAGCUUCUGCCAGUGAAGCCGUGGAUUGCAAAUGGUACAUCCGAGCCCCACCAAGAUCCAAGAUUUACUUACGUUUCUUGGACUAUGAGAUGCAGAAUUCAAAUGAAUGCAAAAGAAACUUUGUGGCGGUCUAUGAUGGAAGUAGUUCGGUGGAGGAUUUGAAGGCCAAGUUCUGCAGCACUGUGGCUAAUGACGUCAUGCUGCGCACAGGCCUUGGGGUGAUCCGCAUGUGGGCAGACGAGGGCAGCCGCAACAGCAGGUUUCAGAUGCUCUUCACAUCCUUUCAAGAACCUCCCUGUGAAGGCAACACUUUCUUCUGCCAUAGUAACAUGUGUAUUAACAACACACUAGUCUGCAAUGGGCUCCAGAACUGUGUAUAUCCCUGGGAUGAAAAUCACUGUAAAGAAAAGAGGAAAACCAGCCUGCUGGAUCAGCUGACCAACACCAGUGGGACGGUCAUUGGCGUGACUUCCUGCAUUGUGAUCAUCCUUAUUAUCGUUUCUGUCAUUGUACAGAUCAAACAGCCUCGUAAAAAAUACGUCCAAAGGAAGUCAGACUUUGACCAGACCGUUUUCCAGGAGGUGUUUGAGCCUCCUCACUAUGAGUUAUGCACGCUCAGAGGAACUGGAGCAACAGCUGACUUUGCAGACGUGGCAGAAGACUUUGAAAAUUAUCAUAAACUGCGGAGAUCAUCUUCCAAAUGCAUCCAUGACCAUCACUGUGGAUCCCAACUGUCCAGUGCGAAAGGCAGUCGCAGUAACCUCAGCACAAGGGACGCUUCCAUCUUGGCAGAGAUACCCACCCAACCAGUCAAGCCCCUCAUCCCACCUGUGAACAGAAGGAACAUCCUGGUCAUGAAACACAACUACUCACAAGAUGCCGCAGAUGCCUGCGACAUUGACGAGAUUGAGGAGGUGCCCACCACGAGCCACAGGCUAUCCAGACACGAAAAAUCCGUCCAGCGGUUCUGCCUCAUUGGGUCUCUAAGCAAACAUGAAUCUGAAUACAACACAACUAGGGUCUAAAACGAGAACUCAAGAGAAGAACUAUUUAUACAAACAUGGGGACUGUGAAAAGAAAAUUUCGUAGUGAAUUGUGAAAAGUGGACAUAUUUCUAAAUUCAUUCCACUGCCUUUAUCCAAACUUAAGAGUUACAGACAUGUGUUAUUCCUUCGGCAAGACUCCCUGCUGCUGCACAAUGACGUGUCCAUUUCCUAAUUUGGUUGCUGAUCACCAAGUGCUCCUUAGGUUUUAAAUACAUUCUGAGAUUUAUGGAAACUUGAAGAAGAAAUUAGUUCCUGAUUGAGAUUACCCCAGCUUUAUGUUUACUGUCGGUUUCACAUUUGUUUAUAUGUUGUUUGUAUGUCUUUGUUACAUGAUUGUACCUAUGUGAUCUGUGG